CAGCGCCCACAGUUGAGAUUUGGAGUCCGACUGGUGCAGCAGGCAGAGACAUGUCUGAAUAGAGCAUUUCAUUAUUUUUCCAACAGGAGAGGCAUUCAGUCUCCACGUUGAAGAUGGGACAGUGUGGCAUCACGUCCUCAAAGACGGUCCUGGUCUUUCUGAACCUGAUAUUUUGGGCCGCUGCUGGCAUCCUGUGCUAUGUUGGAGCCUAUGUCUUCAUUACUUACGAUGACUACGAUCACUUCUUUGAAGAUGUGUACACUCUCAUCCCAGCCGUGAUCAUCAUAGCAGUUGGAGCUUUGCUGUUCAUCAUUGGGCUCAUCGGAUGCUGCGCUACAGUUAGAGAGAGCUACUGUGGACUUACAACGUUUGUCAUCAUUCUCCUGCUGGUUUUCAUGACGGAAGUAGCAGUGGUGGUUCUGGGAUACAUUUAUAGAGCAAAGGUUGAAAACGACGUUAAUGACUCUAUAGUAAAGGUUUACAAUGAGUACAGCGGCACUAACAGCAAUGCCCAGAGCCGUGCCAUUGACUAUAUUCAGAGACAGCUUCAGUGUUGUGGGAUCCACAAUUACUCAGACUGGCAACACACACGCUGGUAUGACGAAUCAAAAAACAACAGUGUACCUGUCAGUUGCUGCAAAUCCAGUGUUGCAAGCUGCACAGGGUCCCUGACUCAUCCCGAGGAUCUCUACCAAGAAGGUUGUGAAGCUCUGGUUGUGAAGAAGUUGAAGGAAAUCAUGAUGUAUGUCAUCUGGACUGCACUGACCUUUGCUGUCAUCCAGAUGCUGGGGAUGCUGUGUGCAUGUGUCGUGCUAUGCCGCAGAAGCAGAGAUCCUGCCUACGAGCUUCUUAUUACAGGCGGCACGCAGGCAUAAAAAGUAGAACACACUUCUCAACGUGAACCUCUUGCAGAAGUGAUGUUAUUGGUGAGAGCAAGAAGAGAAUCUGUUAUCACACAAACACACUAACUACAUUUAAAACAUUUACAUUAUUUUACCAAAAAAGCUUUAGGCCAAAUUCAGUAGAGGUCACUGAGACGUCCUUCUUCUGUAAUGAGACUGACAUGAGGACGGUAAAGUUCAUUCUGACAAACUCACUGUCAGUAGGUUUUGGAGAUUCUGUGGAGAGGGUAAUUUUCUCAUUAUACUUUGCACUAUACAUUAUACUUCAUUUAAAAAUCUGUCAUUUACUUGAAUGAAAGAGAUUUUUAUUGUUCUUUCACAGCUUGUAGCUCUACUACCUGUUGAAACCAUACUCUUUACCAGCAUAAGAAACCGAUAACACCAUAGCCCAACUCGAUCACAUAGCAUGUUUUUGUGUGUGUGAACUAUGUAACUUAAGUUUCUCUCCUUUGAACUUUAUUUUGUGAAUGAAACUUUAAGUACAUUGAUAGUUUAAAGCAACUCGAGGUAGAUUUUACUAUACAGGUCUUUAUUUUGGUUUAAACAGCGUGCGUUUCGAUUUAAAAUAUAGGUUUUUUUGAUGUGUAGCAGAAGUUAGACUCAUGAAUGUAAAUACAGUCUAUGUAAGUUAAAAGUUGGCAAUUAAAUUACAAUUUUUUCUGGUUUA